ACACCUGAGUGACAUCGAUUGAAAUUGUUUACAAUCUCGAGGAAACCAUUCACAUGGCUAAAUGUCAACAUGUCGAAACUAAACCCUGGAUAAGUAUCUAGAUCUCGCUGUGUAAAAAUGAUGCCAUGGAGGAAGAGGAGGUUGUUUUAGAGUUUGAGGCAGUCCUUGGACACGGUUCCUUUGGCACUGUAUACUUGAUAAAGGACAAGGAGAAUCGAAGGUAUGCAGUGAAGAGAAUCAACUUCCAGGGUCAGGAGUCAGAGAGAACUCAGGCUCUGAGAGAAGCCGAGCUCCUCUCUAAGGUCCGACACGAGCACAUCCUCAACUACAUCGAGUCAUUUGAAGACGAUGAGUGUCUAAAUAUAGUAACAGAGUACUGCGAUGGCGGGGACCUUGAAGUUUAUCUGCGGAACAGAAAUGGGAAAAGUCUGCCGGAGGUCCGUGUCUGUCAUUGGAUGUUCCAGAUAGCCUCCGGACUCCAGUACCUCCAUGGCCAGAAGAUUCUACACCGUGACCUGAAGGCCAAGAACAUUUUCCUGAUGGGUGACCUGUCCUUGAAGCUGGGUGACCUUGGCAUUGCAAAGUUACUGGAGCUAAACCAGAGUAAAGCUGAGAGUUUUGUCGGGACACCAGCGUAUAUGAGUCCAGAGUUGUUCAAACACUUACCUUAUAACCAUAAAUCAGACAUUUGGAGUUUUGGCUGUUGUUGCUAUGAAAUGGUUGCCCUGCAGAAAGCCUUUGGAAAUGACAGCUUGUUUGCCCUUUGUAAGAAGGUUUGCAGUGACGAGAGACCCCCUUUUCCUGCAAACUACAGUGACAGCUUGAAAUCCAUAGUGUAUUCAAUGUUGGACGAGGAACCAGACUGCCGACCCAGCGCGAAAAACAUAGUCAGUAACGUGUACAUCAGAAAGAGGCUGGCAGAGCCAAUAGAUAAAAGUAACUCUCCAGACAGACAACAUAAAAAGCAUCAGCCCAAACUGAAGGAAGGACAGAGCAAGACACACUCAGCGAGGGAGAGGAGGAGGAAAAUGGCUGAACAGAAAUACCAGACCAUGUCUCAUGCGUGGCUGGCCAUCAAACGGAAGAUAGACACAUACAGGAGAGAAAAUCAACGAAAAAGCGUGAGCAGAACAAUGGAAAAGAUGAAGAAGCUAAAGUUGGGUUCAGUUAAACAAGAGAGUUCUGACACAGACACUGGCACAUACAGUAACCAUAGCGACACAGCAGACUACGACGAGGAUCCAAUCAGAUUCUUGCUAGGGGAUGAUGGGGAUGAAGAUGGUGAAAGUACGCUGGUUAUUGAGAGGGUGCAAAGGUCGAAUGCCAGAGGUCAUCGAAAUGGAGACACAGGGUCACAGUGUUCUAAUUUUGAGGAUGAUGUGUUUGGUGUUCGGGAGCAUGUGGAGAGGUUGACUGUUCAUCCAGACCAGGCUGCUAAACUAAUGGUGCACGGAAUGAGGGACCAGUUGACUCCAUUCCAGUAUAACGGGACGCCUUUUCCAGUCAGGAGGCAAGAAUCAGAUCCCUCCUUGGAAGAAUCCUCAUCUGACAAUAAGGGUACCCAGAGAACAAAAAAGAAGAAAAAAAUUCUUUCCAAAAUUGCAGAUGAGAAAAAGAGAAUCGAGAGCAGCAGUAGUGAUACAGGGAUAGGGAUGACCUCGGGGGAGUCCUCACCCACAACACAGAAUGUGAAAGGAGGCGGGGACUCCGUGCGACUUUUUACACGCGGACAGGAAGUGAGCUUUAAGAGAGGCCUGUCCAACAGUAGUGACGAGAGGGAAGAGAGCACCGUAAGAGAGAAAUAUGUUCCAUUUGAAAAGAGAAAGACAACGGAUACAGUCAAAGGAAUUGUCGACAAAGAAAACACAUCUUCAGCUUCAAUGAUUGGAAAUAUGGAAUCUGAAUCAGUUGUGUCAGAAAUCAGCAAUAUUCAAAGUGAGAUUGCUGAUGCAUUGGGCAAAGACAAUCUACAGAAAUGCUAUGACGUCAUGGCAAAUGUACAAAAUGACGAUUUAGUGAAGGCUUUUCUGACAGAAAUUCUUGGACCAACCAUGUUUGAAAAGUACAGGGACCAACUUUUCUACCUCCGUAUGCUAGAGAUUAGGUCUCAUGUCACAUCCUAGAUCAGACGACAUGUUAACAUUAACAUUAGCAGAUCUGUUGAUAAUAUAUUGACGGUUAUGAGUUCUUAUGCACGAAUACUAUUUUGUUAUUCCUGCCAUAAAUGAGUGUUAUCAGAAAUUAUUUUUGUGGUUUUGUUUGUUUAUAUCCGGGUAACAACUGUUAUCGAAUUUAUUGUAGAUACAUGAUUGUAUAGUAUUUUAACGGAUCUUACACUUCAAAUUGUCUCUGUGAAUGCAAUGAUAUUUAAUUGUAUUUUAACAUUAUGAUUUUUUAAUAAGUCAAAUACAUGUAGAUAUUAUAGAUCCGUCCAGUUCAUUUAUAUGCUAUUGACAUAAUGUUGAAAUUUAUGAUGACUGUAUUAAUAUGUACACUGCUGGUAAGAAAUCCAUUUUCAUCAAUUGUUAAAAGUGAUACAUACAUUGACCAUCUUUAUACGGUAUACAGUGUUUUGCUUGAAGAGUAUAUGCAUUUGUUUUUACAAUAUACUAUACAAGUAUUUUAUUGUUAGAUUCCAUACAAGUUUCUCCCUGCUACAAAUGUCUGAUGCUGCAAAAAUAAUGGUUUUGUAUUACAUGCAUGUAUAUUGUGAAUUUUUGUCACGAUUAUCAUUUCCUACAUUGCUAUAAUGUUGCUUUUAUCAAUCAAAUUAAAGAUCUAUUGAUCACA